GGUAGUUGUCAUUUGAAACGACAUUUUAAGUUAAAAUAAAAUUAACAUAAUCUUUGUUCACUGUAAUUAUUGAUGAAUAAACUCAAUGGACAGGUGGUUCAGCCACCGCUAUACAAAGUAAUCAUGGUGGGCAGGGAUGAUUCUGGAAAAAAUGCCCUAGCCCUUCAGUUCAUGUACAAUGAGUUUGUUGAGGACUAUAGCCCAACAAAAGCCGAUUCGUACCGAAAAAAGGUUAUUCUGGACGACGAAGAGGUUCAGAUCGAUAUCCUGGACACCGCUGGACAGGAGGACUAUCCGGCCAUUCGUGACAACUAUUUCCGUUCGGGCGAAGGAUUUCUAUGCGUUUUCUCGAUCACAAAACACGAGUCCUUCACUGCUGUCAAUGAAUUCAGGGAGCAAAUACUGCGAGUGAAGGGCGACGACAACAUCCCUUUUGUUUUGGUCGGAAAUAAAGCUGAUUUAGACGAAAGACGUCGCGUGAGUCUCGAUGAGGCGCACCGACUGUCAGACCUCUGGAAAGUGUUAUACAUUGAGACCCGACUCAAUGUGGACCGGGUUUUCUUUGACUUAAUGCGAGAAAUACGUAAACGAAAGCUGACGGACGCCGAGACGAGUAAUGGUCCCAAAAAGGCCGGCCGUAAGAAAAAGAGGUGUAUUAUCCUGUAAUACCGUUCCACUCAUGUAUGGGCGCCGAUAUUU